AUGGGACUCGACGGCGGCACCAUCAUCAGCAGGAACGAUGUGCUGCGAGGCCAGUGCUGGGACCUGAACAAGGCAGACAACAGCCGGGUCACCCGCUGGAGCACCUGUGCCCUGACCGGCCAGCCGCUGGCGCCGCCCAUUGUGGCCUGCUUCCUGGGCCGCCUCUACAACAAGUCUGCGGUGCUGGAGUGGCUGCUGGCCAAGGCGGGGCGCUUUGCGGACGAGGCCGACGUCAACCGCUACCUCAACCAGCUGCGGGAGGGAGGGGAGGCGUUUGACCACAUCGCGUCCAUCAAGGAUGUGUUCCCGCUGCAAUACUCGCCCGCCACCCUGGACGCGCCCGCCGUGGCCACCGCCGCCGACGGCGCCGCCGACCCCGUGCUGCCGGCGCCCUACACUUGCCCCAUCACCAGCCUGCGAUGCGACCGCUACCCCUUUGCGGCGCUGCGCCCCUGCGGCCACGUGCUGGCGGAGCGAGCGCUGAAGGAGGCGGCGGCCGACGGCACCUGCCCAAUCUGUGGCGCCGCCUUCUCCGCCGCCGAUGAGGAUGUGGUGCCGCUGGUGCCCAGCGAGGAGCAGCUGGAGCGGCUGCAAGAGCUGCUGCCGCGGCGGCGCAAGCAAGGAGGCAGGAAGGAUCGGCGGGGCAAGGGGAAGAAGAAGGGACAGCAGGGGACGGAGGAGCAUGCCGAGCAGCAGCAGCAGCAGCAGCAGCCGGCAGGCAGCAGUCAACGUGGUGGGGCAGCAGAAGCUGCUGCUCCGUCGGCAGCUCAAGUGCAGCGGCAGCAGCAAGAUGAUUUGUAA